CUACAGCAACGGAGGAGAGGUAAGUAUGGGUACCCAUUAUACUCCGCCCUCCACCUUUCUACUUCUCUUCGUUUUGGGUUUCUUCCGAAUGGAAGCUCUCGGAGACGAAGCAUCAACCAAGCUGUACAUUGUGUGUCUUGAAGAGUGGCAUCACGAAGAUCCGGAGCUUGUGACCGCGUCCCACCAUGAGAUGCUGUCUUCUGUGUUGGGGAGCAAGGAUGCGGCAUUCAAUUCAAUCGUCUACAGCUACAGAUACGGCUUCUCGGGCUUUGCAGCCAGGCUUAAGGAAUCCCAAGCAGAUCAAAUUGCAGUCUUGCCGGAAGUACUGAGCAUCGAGCCAAGCCGCGCAUUUCGUCUGCAAACUACGCGAAGCUGGGACUACCUUGGUCUAGGUUAUCAGCAUCACCAACCGCCAGGACUACUUGAGAAAGGCAAGGAAGGCGAUGGCAUCAUCAUCGGAGUUGUCGACACAGGCAUCUGGCCGGAAUCGAGAAGCUUCAACGACGAUGGUUAUGGCCCCGCCCCAUCCCGUUGGAAAGGAAAGUGUGAAGUAGGUCAAAACUUCACCGUCAACCACUGCAACCGCAAGAUCAUCGGUGCAAGAUACUACAAUAAAGACGCCCGCCCGUCUGAGGUCGCGCGAGACUACGACUCCCCCCGUGACGCCAAUGGCCAUGGAACACACACCGCUUCCACCGCAGCAGGUUCUCUGGUAAGCGAUGCAAACUUCCACGGUCUCGGUAGCGGUACAGCAAGAGGAGGCGCUCCUCGUGCGCGGCUAGCAAUCUACAAGGUGUGCUGGGGAUCAGGAAGAUGCGGGAAAGCCGACGUACUACAAGCUAUAGAUGAUGCGGUGGGUGAUGGUGUGGACAUAUUGUCACUGUCGAUCGGUGGGGACGGUUAUUUUCCGGCGACACUAGGCGCGGUAAAGAAGGGGACAACGGUGGUCUUCUCUGGGGGAAACGAUGGCCCCGUCCCUCAAACAAUCAACAACGCGGUGCCAUGGGUCAUCACGGUGGCAGCCAGCACUAUCGAUCGCUCUUUUCCGACCGACAUAAUCCUUGGAAACGGACGAACUCUGGUGGGACAAUCAAUGUGCUACGCGUCCAGUGAUCCAGGAUACAAAGUUCUUGUAGCUUUUGACAGUUGCUCAGUGGUGCCUCAAUAUCUCACGCAAUUAGCAGACAAGAUUGUGUUAUGCUUUGAUCGUACAUUUGCUGGCGCUGUCGCUGCUGCCGGUGAGACCUCCCAGUUGCUAGGGAAAUUGUCGCUAGCCGGAGCAAGGGGAGCUAUUAUUGCACGAUUCCCACGCAGCAUCCUCCCAGACUGCAGCGGCAUUACAUGCGUCCUCGUGGAUUAUGAUGUAGGCGGACAGAUAGCCAACUAUGCCAGGGUGGAAACUGCAAGUGGGAGAAUCCCCUUGGUGCAUGUGAACCCUGCAUCCAACAUCGUCGGGAGCCAAGUGAUGUCGCCGAGGGUGGCAGCUUUCUCCGCAAGAGGGCCGAGUACAGGCUAUCCGGACUUAGUGAAGCCUGACAUCACAGCUCCGGGAGUCAAUAUCUUGGCGGCAGUGAGAGAUGGGUAUCAAUUUAUGUCAGGAACUUCAAUGGCUUGUCCUCAUGUAUCUGGAAUUGCAGCUCUUCUCAAAGUAGUGCAUCCCGAUUGGUCUCCAGCUGCCAUCAAAUCAGCACUUGUCACCACCGCCUAUACAACCAACGAUCGCGGGUUCCCAGUAGAAGCAGAAGCGAUUCCUCGGAAGCUGGCCGAUCCCUUCGACUAUGGCGGAGGGCAUAUCGAUCCUAACCGAGCCAUGUAUCCUGGACUUAUUUAUGAUAUCGAUCCAAAUGAUUACGUCAACUUCUUUCGCUACACAAACCGUGUAUCGAACAGUACUAGUGGCCAAAAUCACUUGAAGCUGCCCUCAGGCGCCAUUCCUGACCUCAGGAAAUCUGGAGUGGGUAGCAGCCGUACAUAUGAUCUGAAUCUUCCCUCCAUCUCCAUUCCCGACCUGAAAGAAACGCCUGUGAAAGUGCGAAGAACCGUCACUAAUGUGGGCGACACGCAUGGCCGUUACAUGGCCGUAGUGCAGACUCCAGCCGGUGUUAAGAUGGAAGUGCAGCCAUCUGUUCUACACUUCAGGGCUUCCGGCGAGAAGCUUAACUUUGAGGUGACGUUCACGCCGCUUCACAAGGUGCAAGGAGGCUUCACGUUCGGAAGCUUGACUUGGGUUCAUCGACGUGGGAAGAAUUGGGUACGAAUUCCUAUCGCAGUUCGGAUCAUCAUUCGUGAUUUCUUCUCCGACACCUCCUAAGAUUUAAUCCCAUUGUUUGCCACUGGUUACGCAUUCAAGACAUGAA